AUGGCCGGAUUCUGGAAACGCGAGACAUGGAGUCAGGCAGCGAAGCGCAUCAAACAGUUCUUACGAUCCACACUUAUUUUUUCCGCAUUGCCCUUCAUGAUAAUCUUCCUUGGCAUUUUUAAAUGUGUAUUCAAAUUCGUCGACCUCGCGAUUGAAAGUUACGAUAUUCUCGAUAGUGGCAUUCCGAAAGUUUGUCGUGGGCAGUCGGUCGAGGAUCAACUGCCUACUCCCAAGUUUAUUAACCAUCUCGUUAAUUUUCAGAUACCUGCUCAGACACCUGCCCAGAAUACCUUUGUAGUCAUUGACUCGGUGAGCCUUGACGACAAGAAUUUAUCUCAUGACUCUCCUCUCGCACCAAUCAUCGAUAAACCUAUCGAUUUCACUCCGACUUUACCUUCACCAUGCGCUCAAAACAACGGUGGUUCCAGGGACACUGACUCCCGCUCUACAUCCGAAUUUCCUCCUCCUCCAUAUCAGUAA